UCUGUCCGAAUGGCCCAAAAAAACAUUGAACCGAUAAAAUGUCACAAAAGCUGUGUGGGAUCCCCCGUUGACAAUCAAUUCCGGGUGGGAAUGGCUCGUAACGACUCGCGAUCUAGGUCGCCGUCUCACCGCCGUCGAUACUCUCGCUCGCCUCUCACUCACCGUAGCAGCCGUCGUACCAGGCGCGACCGCAGCCGCGAACCCUAUUCAUCAAGGCACAGGAAGAGUAGAUCUCCUUCACCGAGGCAACACCGAAGGGGUAGAAGUAGCUCGUUGUCUCCUUCCUCCACCGAGCAUAAAACUGCGAUUGAAGCGAAGAAAGAACAUGAAGAGAAGGCAAGAUUGCAGCAUGAGGCUGAGCUCAAACGACUAGAAGAAGAGACAGCACGGCGGAUUGAAGAAGCAGUGAGGAAGAACGUGGAGGAGAGAUUGAAAACCGAAGAAGUUAAAGCAGAAGUAGAAAGGCGAACAAAGGAGGCCUAUGAAAAGAUGUUUCUUGAUGUGGAAGUACAGCUGAAGAAAGAAAAGGAGUCUGCUUUAAACGAGGCAAGAAGAAAGGAAGAACAAGCUCAGAGAGAAAGAGAAGAGCUGGAUAAGAUGUUGGAAGAAAAUAGUAGGAGGGUUGAAGAAUCACAGAGGAGAGAAGCAAUGGAGCUUCAACGUAAAGAAGAGGAAAGGUAUAGAGAAUUGGAGCUGAUACAGAGACAGAAAGAAGAGGCUGCAAGGAGGAAAAAACUGGAAGAAGAAGAAGAAGAGAUUAGAAAUUCCAGCAAGUUAUCAGAUGGAAACAGAUCACGAUCCAAGUUACAUUUCGGCAUGGGUUUAUAAUUUUUUAGAAAAAAAGAAAUUUGAUGAAGGCAAAAUCUGAAAGAAGCUUUUACUUUGUGUUAGAGCUCAUUCCAAGCAAGUAUGUACAACCAACAGUAUCUAGUCGACACCCUUCUUGGAGUUUGUUGUUUCACUAUGUUGAUUAUGAACAAACAAAAUGCAUAAUCCAUGAGGUGAAAUGUGGUGUUUCUGCUUCUGUCAUUCGGUUUUUUGGUUCAGAAUAAACUUAUUUUGGGCUUCAAUCAUAAAUAAACUAAUCUCAUAUUGGACUUGGGUUAUUAAAA